GCCGACGGGACGGAUCCAAGAUGGCGGCGGGGCGGACGGGAGGCGCCCGCGGCCCCGAGCGGCGUUCGCCCCAUUCAUCGCGGCCGUGAGCGGCCCGGGCCCGCCAGAGCGCCGGCAGAGCGCCGGGAGCGAGCCCGGGGGCAGCGCCAGCGGCAGCGGGACAGCACUCGGACCCGCCAGGCGCCCGUGACAGAGCGGGUCGGAGCGCGGGCCGGUGCCGCCGGCGCGGGCGGAGCGGACAUGGCCACCAUGGAGAAGCUGACGAAGGCCUUCGAGUCGCUGCGCUCCUUCCAGCAGCAGCAGGGCCCGGCCGCCCUCCCCGAGGAGCCGCUGCAGAGACCAAAGAAAGAACUUUCAGCUACCAAGAAAGAUCGAGUGAAUCAUUGUCUAACAAUAUGUGAAAACAUAGUCGCUCAGUCGCUAAGAAAUUCCCCAGAAUUUCAGAAGCUGCUGGGUAUUGCUAUGGAGCUCUUUCUUCUCUGCAGUGAGGAUGCAGAAUCUGAUGUCCGGAUGGUUGCGGAUGAAUGCCUUAAUAAAGUUAUUAAAGCUUUGAUGGAUUCCAAUCUUCCCAGGUUACAGUUGGAGCUAUAUAAAGAGAUUAAAAAGAAUGGUGCUUCAAGAAGUCUGCGUGCUGCACUCUGGAGAUUUGCUGAGCUUGCCCAUCUAGUUCGGCCUCAGAAGUGCAGGCCAUACUUGGUGAACCUUUUGCCCUGUCUAACUCGGAUCAGUAAGAGACCCGAAGAGUCGGUGCAGGAGACGCUGGCCGCGGCGAUACCCAAAAUCAUGGCAGCCUUCGGCAACUUUGCAAACGACAAUGAGAUUAAGGUUUUAUUGAAGGCUUUCAUAGCUAAUCUGAAGUCCAGUUCCCCCACUAUCCGUCGAACGGCAGCAGGAUCAGCAGUGAGCAUCUGUCAGCAUUCACGAAGAACACAGUACUUUUAUGCCUGGUUAUUGAAUGUGCUUUUAGGCUUGUUGGUUCCUGUAGAAGAUGAUCGUCCUACUCUUUUAAUUCUGGGUGUUUUACUUACACUAAGAUAUCUCAUACCUUUAUUGCAACAACAAGUAAAAGAUACCAGCCUGAAAGGCAGUUUUGGUGUAACAAGGAAAGAAACAGAGAUUUCACCUUCACCAGAACAACUUAUACAGGUUUAUGAGCUGACUCUGCACUACACCCAGCACCAGGACCACAACGUUGUGACUGGAGCUUUAGAAUUGCUGCAGCAGCUCUUCAGAACGCCGCCCCCUGAGCUGCUGCACGCGCUGACCGCCCGCGGGGGCAUCGCUCAGGUCAGUGUGUCCAGGGACGAACCUGCCAGCAGGAGCCGCAGCGGCAGCAUUGUGGAACUCAUAGGUAAAGUACUUCUUGGUGAGGAAGAAGGCUUGGAUGAUGAUUCUGAAACCCGGUCUGAUGUCAGCACUGCAUCAUUUGCAGCUUCUGUGAAGGGUGAGAUCAGCAGUGAGCUGGCCUCUUCCUCGGGUGUGUCGACAGCCGGGUCAGCGGGGAGCUCAGGCGAUGCGGCGGGACACGACAUCAUCACGGAGCAGCCGCGCUCGCAGCACACGCUGCAGUCGGAGCCCGUGGAGCUGGCGGGCUGCGACCUCAGCAGCACGGCCACCGAGGGCGACGACGAGGAGGGGCUCAGCCGAAGCUCCAGCCAGAUCAGUGCUGUCCAGUCAGAUGCCACCAUGGACUUGAAUGACGGCACUCAGGCUUCCUCACCUAUUAGUGAUAGCUCUCAGACCACUACAGAAGGUCCAGACUCUGCUGUAACCCCUUCAGACAGUUCUGAAAUUGUUUUGGAGGGUGCUGAAGGACAGUAUUCUGGAAUGCAAAUUGGGCAGCUCCAGGAUGAGGAAGAUGAAGCUGCAAAUAUUCUCCAAGAUGAUUCAUCAGAGUCCUUCAGAAAUUCUUCUCUUGCUCUUCAGCAGUCUCAGCUGCUGAAAACCAUGAGCCACAGCAGGCAGCCCUCUGACAGCAGUGUGGAUCGAUUUACAUCAAAAGAAGAUGCAGGAGAUGCUGGGGAUCAUGAGAGCAAGCCCUCCAGGGUAAAGGGGGACAUCGGGCACUACACGGACAGAGACUGUGCUCCGCUGGUGCACUGCGUCAGGCUGCUGUCGGCUUCCUUCCUGCUCACUGGGGACAAAGGAGCUUUAGUUCCUGACAGAGAUGUGAGAGUCAGUGUAAAAGCCUUGGCAGUAAGUUGUGUUGGAGCAGCCGUUGCACUUCACCCUGAGUCUUUCUUCAGCAAACUGUAUAAAACACCUCUGGAGGCAAUGGGAGAAGAGUAUGAGGAGCAAUAUGUAUCGGACAUUCUGAACUACAUCGACCAUGGAGAUCCCCAGAUUAGAGGAGCUACUGCCAUUCUCUGUGGAACAAUUGUCAACUCCAUUCUAAUUAAAUCCCGCUUUGAUGUGGAAAAAUGGCUAAUAAAUGUCAGAAACUCAACAGGAAAUCUCUUUUCCUUGAUAGACUGCAUACCUCUGUUACAGAAAACAUUGAAGGAUGAGUCCUCUGUUACAUGCAAACUGGCUUGUACAGCUGUGAGGCAUUGCAUCAUGAGCUUAUGCAGUAGCAGUUACAGUGAACUAGGUUUGCAGUUGAUUGUUGACCUCCUUGCUCUGAAGAACAGCUCCUACUGGCUCGUAAGGACAGAGCUUCUGGAAACACUUGCAGAGGUGGAUUUUCGGCUAGUCAACUUCUUGGAAGGAAAAACUGAGAGCUUGCACAGAGGUAUUCAUCAUUACACUGGUCUGUUAAAGCUUCAGGAGAGAGUACUUGAAAAUGUUGUAAUAAGUCUGCUUGGAGAUGAAGAUCCAAGAGUUAGACACGUGGCUGCGGCUUCAUUAAUGAGGCUUGUUCCAAAGCUGUUUUAUAACUGUGAUCAAGGACAGGCUGACCCAGUUGUGGCAGUAGCAAGAGACCAAAGCAGCGUCUACCUGAAACUCCUCAUGCAUGAAAUGCAGCCCCCAUCUCACUUUGCAGUGAGCACUAUCACCAGAACAUACAGAGGUUACAAUAUGCUGCAAAGUCCAACAGAUGUCACUAUGGAAAACAACCUUUCAAGGGUUAUUGCAGCAAUUUCCCAUGCAUUGACAAUAUCCACUACAAGAGCACUUACAUUUGGCUGCUGUGAAGCUUUGUGUCUUCUCUCCACAACCUUUCCAGUCUGCACCUGGAGUGUGGGAUGGCACUGUGGUGUUUCCCAGCCAAGUUGUUCAGAUGAAGCACAGAGGGGCUGCACCAUUGGAAUGGCUGGCUUGGUCCUGUCACUUCUCUCAUCAGCAUGGUUCCCACUGGACCUCUCAGCACAUCAGGAUGCUUUGAUUUUGACUGGAAACUUGCUUGCAGCAAGUGCUCCCAAGUGCUUAAAGAAUCCCUGGAGUGCUGAGGAAGAUGCAAACCAAGGUGCUGCAAAGCAGGAGGAGCCCUGGCCAGCUCUGGCAGAUCGAGCUCUUGUCACUUUGGUGGAACAGCUCUUUUCUCAUCUGCUGAAGGUCAUUAACAUCUGUGCACAUGUGAUGGAUGAUGUUGCUCCUGGUCCAGCAGUAAAGGCAGCAUUACCUUCUCUCACAAACCCACCUUCUCUUAGUCCAAUUCGGAGAAAGGGGAAAGAGAGGGAGCCUGUGGAGCAGGCAUCUGUGCCAAUGAGCCCUAAAAAGAGUGGAGAAGCAAGCCCAGCUUCUAGGCAAACUGAUGCUUCAGGACCUGUUCCAACAAGUAAAUCAUCUUCAGUAGGAAGCUUUUAUCAUCUCCCAUCAUACCUGAAGUUAUAUGAUGUCUUGAAAGCAACCCAUGCUAAUUAUAAGGUUACUUUGGAUCUCCAAAACACUAAUGAGAAGUUUGGAUGUUUCUUACGGUCUGCCUUAGAUGUUCUCUCUCAAAUCUUGGAACUUGCUACUCUUCAGGACAUUGGAAAGUGUGUAGAAGAAAUUUUGGGAUAUCUAAAAUCAUGUUUCAACAGAGAGCCAACGAUGGCAACAGUGUGUGUGCAGCAGCUAUUGAAAACAUUGUUUGGGACAAAUUUGGCUUCUCAGUACGAUGGCUUGUCCUCAAACCCCAGCAAAGCUCAAGGCAAAGCUCAGCGCUUGGGCUCCUCCAAUCUGAGGCCUGGUCUGUACCACUAUUGCUUCAUGGCACCCUACACACACUUCACACAGGCCCUGGCUGAUGCCAGCCUCAGGAACAUGGUGCAGGCUGAGCAGGAGCACGAUGCUUCAGGAUGGUUUGAUGUGCUGCAGAAAGUUUCUACCCAGCUGAAAACUAGCAUUUCCAGUGCAGCAAAACACCGUGCUGAUAAGAAUGCUAUUCACAAUCACAUUCGUUUAUUUGAACCCCUUGUCAUAAAAGCAUUGAAACAAUACACAACAACAACGUCGGUACAGCUGCAGAGACAAGUUCUAGACUUGCUUGCUCAACUGGUUCAGCUGCGAGUUAACUACUGUCUUCUGGAUUCAGAUCAGGUGUUUAUUGGAUUUGUGCUAAAGCAGUUUGAAUACAUUGAAGUAGGACAGUUCAGGGAGUCAGAAGCAAUUAUUCCUAAUAUCUUCUUUUUCCUGGUGUUGCUGUCUUAUGAGCGAUAUCAUUCCAAACAAAUAAUUGGAAUUCCCAAGAUCAUUCAGCUGUGUGAUGGUAUCAUGGCCAGUGGGAGGAAAGCUGUGACCCAUGCAAUACCAGCUCUGCAACCCAUUGUUCAUGAUCUCUUUGUGUUAAGAGGAACAAAUAAAGCUGAUGCUGGAAAAGAGCUGGAAACUCAGAAGGAGGUUGUGGUGUCAAUGCUGCUGAGACUUAUCCAAUACCAUCAGGUGCUAGAAAUGUUCAUCUUGGUAUUGCAGCAGUGUCAUAAAGAAAAUGAAGACAAAUGGAAGAGAUUGUCCCGGCAAAUAGCUGACAUAAUUCUUCCAAUGCUUGCAAAACAACAGAUGCAUAUAGACUCUCAUGAUGCUUUGGGAGUACUGAACACUUUGUUUGAAAUUUUGGCCCCUUCAUCCCUUCGCCCUGUGGACAUGCUUUUAAGGAGUAUGUUUGUUACUCCUAAAACAAUGGCAUCAGUGAGCACUGUCCAGUUGUGGAUUUCUGGAAUUUUAGCUAUCCUUAGAGUUCUGAUUUCACAGUCAACAGAAGACAUCGUUCUAUCCCGGAUACAAGAGCUUUCCUUCUCACCAUAUUUGAUUUCAUGUCAAGCAAUCAACAGACUGAGAUGUGGAGAAAAUAACGUGGCCACACCAGAAGAUCGCACUGAAGUCAAACAGGUGAAAUACCCACCUGAAGAGACAUUUUCCAGAUUCUUACUCCAAUUGGUUGGCAUUCUACUGGAAGAUGUUGUUACCAAGCAAUUAAAAGUGGACAUGAAUGAGCAGCAACAUACUUUCUACUGCCAGGAGCUGGGCACGCUGCUUAUGUGCUUAAUACAUAUCUUCAAAUCAGGGAUGUUUAGAAGAAUCACAGCUGCAGCCACCAGACUUUUUACAGGAGAUGGAUCUGAUGGUAGUUUCUAUACACUUGAAAGUCUGAGUGACCUUGUUCAGUCCAUGAUUCCCACUCAUCCCUCUUUAGUUCUCCUCUGGUGUCACAUCUUACUUCUUGUCAAUUAUACCAACUACAACUGGUGGUCAGAAGUGCAUCAAACCCCAAAGCGACACAGCCUUUCUACUACUAAAUUGCUUAGCCCUCAUAUAUCUGGAGACAGUGAUGAAUCCGACUUGGAAUCGAAGCGUGGCAUGUGCAAUCGUGAGAUAGUGAGAAGAGGAGCACUCAUCCUCUUUUGUGACUAUGUUUGUCAAAACCUACAUGAUUCAGAACACUUGACCUGGCUUAUUGUGAAUCAUGUUCAAGACUUGAUCAAUCUGUCUCAUGAGCCUCCAGUACAAGAUUUUAUCAGUGCUGUUCACAGGAAUUCAGCAGCCAGUGGUCUCUUCAUCCAGGCCAUUCAGUCACGGUGUGAGAAUCUUGCAGCUCCCACAACCCUGAAGAAGACCUUGCAGUGCUUGGAGGGAAUCCACCUGAGCCAGUCGGGGGCUGUGCUGACGCUGUACGUGGACAAGCUGCUGUGCACUCCCUUCCGCGUGCUGGCGCGCAUGGUGGACACGCUGGCCUGCCGCCGCGUGGAGAUGCUGCUGGCAGCCACCCUGCAGAACAGCAUUGCUCAGUUACCAGUUGAAGAACUGGAUAGAAUUCAGGAAUACCUUCAAAACAGUGGAUUAGCAGCAAGACACCAAAGACUCUACUCGCUCCUGGAUAGGUUUCGUCUCAUGGUAGCACCAGACACAACCAGUCCUGCACCUCUGGUUACCUCACACCCACUGGAUGGAGAAGACCAACCAGCUUUAGAGAAUGUAGUUCUAGACAAAGACUGGUAUGUGUCCCUAGUGCGGUCCCAGUGUUACAUCAAGUGUGACUCAGCACUGCUAGAAGGAGCAGAGCUGGUCAAUAGGAUUCCUCAGCCUGACCUCACCUCCUUCAUGAGCAGCAAGGAAUUCAACCUAAGCUUGUUAGCUCCUUGUUUAAGCCUUGGCAUGAGUGAGAUCUGCAGGGAGCAGAAGAGCAGCCUGUUUGAAACAGCUCGGAGGGUAACUCUGGAUCAUGUGUCUUCUGCUGUGCAAAACCUUCCAGCCAACCACCAGGUUUUUCAACCACUAUUGCCAACUGAGCCAUCAGCCUACUGGAAAAAACUAGGCGAUAUCUUUGGAGAUGAGGGGAUGUAUCAGUCUAUGAUGACACUUUGUCGUGCACUGGCUCAGUAUUUGUUGUUACUCUCAAAACUACCAGCUGGUCUCCGUGUUCCUCCUGACAAAGAGGAUGAUAUCCUGAAAUUCGUAGUGAUGUCAGUAGAGGCACUGUCAUGGCAUUUAGUUCAUGACCAGAUUCCAUUAAGUGUAGAUCUUCAGGCUGGUCUGGAUUGUUGCUGUCUGACACUGCAGCAGCCCAGUCUCUGGAAUUUGCUGUCUUCUGCAGCUCAUGUGACAUAUGCCUGCUCCUUAAUUAACUGCAUCAGAUUUAUUAUAGAAGCAGUUGCUGUGGAACCUGGUAAUCAACUUCUGAGUCCUGAAAGAAGGAAGAAUACUUCAACACCUUUAAGUGAGGGGGAAGUUGAUUCAAAUGUACAGAAAACAAAACACAUUAUUGCAGCGUGUGAAAUAAUUGCUGAGAUGGUGGAAUGUUUACAGACUGUCUUGUCACUGGGGCACAAAAGAAACAGCAGCAUCCCUGCAUUUCUCACUCCUGUCCUCAAGAACAUCAUCAUCAGUUUAGCAAGGCUGCCUCUAGUGAACAGCUACACCAGAGUGCCUCCCUUGGUCUGGAAAUUGGGCUGGUCACCAAAGCCUUCAGGUGACUUUGGCACAGUUUUUCCUGAAAUCCCAGUAGAAUUUCUUCAAGAAAAGGAAAUCUUUAAGGAGUUCAUUUAUCGCAUUAAUACACUUGGAUGGAUCAGCCGUACCCAGUUUGAGGAGACUUGGGCUACUUUGCUUGGUGUGCUCGUGACUCAGCCCAUUGUAAUGGACCAGGAGGAGAACCAGCAAGAGGAAGAUACAGAGAGGACCCAAAUCAAUGUUCUUGCAGUGCAAGCCAUAACCUCCCUGGUGCUGAGUGCAAUGACCAUACCUGUUGCAGGCAAUCCUGCAGUGAGCUGUUUGGAGCAGCAGCCUCGUAACAAAGCUUUAAAAGCUCUGGACACAAGAUUUGGAAGGAAGCUAAGUGUUAUCAGGGGAAUUGUUGAACAGGAAAUUCAGGCAAUGGUGUCUAAGAGAGAUAAUAUUGCUACUCAUCACUUAUACCAAGCUUGGGACCCUGUUCCAUCACUUUCUCCUGCUACUACAGGUGCUCUUAUCAGCCAUGAAAAGCUCUUACUGCAGAUCAACACUGAACGAGAAAUAGGAGAUAUGGAUUAUAAAUUGGGACAGGUCUCCAUACACUCCAUAUGGUUAGGAAAUAAUAUCACUCCACUGAGAGAAGAAGAGUGGGGUGAAGAUGAAGAAGAUGAGAAUGAUGUACCUGCUCCUUCCUCACCACCAACCUCUCCUAUCAACACCAGGAAACACCGGGCUGGUGUAGAUAUCCAUUCUUGUUCUCAGUUCUUGCUUGAGCUGUACAGUCAGUGGAUCUUGCCAUCCAACCCCAGCAAGAGAACACCAGUCAUUCUGAUCAGCGAAGUGGUGCGAUCACUUCUGGCAGUGUCAGACUUAUUUACAGAAAGGAAUCAGUUUGAGAUGAUGUACACAACACUGACAGAGCUGCGAAAGGUGCAUCCAUCAGAAGAUGAGAUUCUUGUACAGUAUUUGAUACCAGCUACUUGUAAAGCUGCUGCUGUUCUUGGAAUGGAUAAAGUUGUGGCUGAACCAGUGAGUCGGCUGCUGGAAUCGACCCUAAGGAGCACCCAUAUGCCCAGUCGGAUUGGAGCUCUGCAUGGAAUUCUUUAUAUCCUGGAGUGUGACUUGCUCGACGAGACAGCAAAGCAGCUCAUUCCAAUUAUCAGCGAGUAUCUGCUCUCCAAUUUGAGAGGAGUAGCACAUUGUGUGAAUAUCCAUAACCAGGAGCACAUUUUGGUCAUGUGUGCAGCUGCUUUCUAUUUGAUCGAGAAUUACCCACUUGAUGUAGGGCCUGAAUUCUCUGCAGGAAUUAUACAGAUGUGUGGAGUCAUGGUGUCUGGAAGUGAUGAAUCAACACCAUCCAUUAUUUAUCACUGUGUCCUGAGGGGGUUGGAACGGCUCCUCCUUUCAGAGCAGCUCUCCAGGCUGGACAGUGAGUCGCUGGUUAAACUGAGUGUUGACAGGGUGAAUGUGCAGAGCCCCCACAGAGCAAUGGCAGCCCUGGGAUUAAUGCUGACUUGCAUGUACACAGGAAAGGAAAAAAUCAGCCCCAGCCGUAUCCCAGAUGCAAAUCCUGGUGCUCCUGACAGUGAAUCUGUGAUUGUUGCUAUGGAACGAGUGUCUGUCCUUUUUGAUAGGAUCAGGAAGGGAUUUCCUUUUGAAGCUCGAGUAGUGGCUCGGAUUCUUCCACAAUUCCUUGAUGAUUUCUUCCCCCCACAAGAUGUAAUGAACAAAGUCAUUGGGGAAUUUCUGUCCAAUCAGCAGCCAUACCCACAAUUCAUGGCAACUGUAGUUUAUAAGGUGUUCCAGACACUGCACAGCACUGGACAAUCGUCGAUGGUCCGUGACUGGGUGAUGCUCUCCCUCUCUAAUUUCACACAAAGAACACCCGUGGCAAUGGCAAUGUGGAGCCUUUCCUGUUUCUUUGUCAGUGCUUCCACCAGUCAAUGGAUUUCAGCAAUUCUUCCACAUAUUAUUAGCAGAAUGGGAAAAUCAGAGCAAGUGGAUGUUAACAUCUUCUGUUUGGUGGCCAUAGACUUCUACCGCCACCAGAUCGAUGAAGAGCUGGAUCGGAGAGCCUUCCAGUCGGUGUUUGAGGUGGUGGCAUCUCCAGGAACCCCGUACCACCGCCUGCUGACCUGUCUGCAAAAUGUCCACAAGGUCACAGCAUGUUGAACAUCCUGAUGUGUAGUGGAACUGCAUGACUAGUGUUGGAAUAUGAAUUACGAGGAAUAAGAGAUCAAGAAACCACCUGGGGUUGCAUUUGUGACAAACACACAGACCUGCCAGUUUUCCUUCCAGCAUGCAUGGACAAGUGCUCUGCAGCACUGGAAAUCACCUGAGAAGUCAAGUGUAGUUGUUGUUGACACCAAGCACCUCUAAGUGGAAUGAAGUAUGUCAGUGUUUUUCGAGUGAUGUUGGGGACUAAUGUGAACCACACAUCCUAGCUGUAAAAUACAAGCUGGUACCACAUGCAAGGUCACUGGUAUUCCUGUUUUUCCCAAUCUGCAGCUGAAGCCACCGUGGUGCAGCCAGUAAGACACUGACAGACUGUUAAUGCAACCUGCAGUCAUUAGCCAACUUCAUCGUUUUAUGUACCUGUAUAUACUGUUGUGUAGUACAGAAUAGAAUCUGUUUCCUAAUGUCUCUCCCAAACAAGGAAAAGAGAAAAUGGCUUUUAUGAUUUACACUUGCAGCAUGUGAUUUCUCUCUCUGGACUUUCUGAUAUGCAGUGGUGUAUGUGUUGGUGAUACCAGAGAUAUAGUGCACAUACGUAGCCACGCGUUUUUCUUUUUUCUUCUCAGGAUUUCAAAUUUGAGUACAAUAUAUCAGUGAAAGAAAUUUUAACUUAAAUAUUUCUAUAUUAUGUACAGUAUGUAAAAUUGUAAGAUGUGUGGUGCAUGAGCUGUGCUGUAAUUGGAGAUGAACAAAAGCCAUGCUACUGAAUGUCUUGACAUCUGUAUUGUCCUCAUUUUUUUUUCCUCGUGCUUGAAUUCAUGUUCCUUUUGGAAAUCCAUCUUAAUGUACAGAUUACAUCUUGUUUUGCAUCUCACUUUUUCUUAAAGUGCUUUAAAACUGGAAUAUGUCGAUUAAUUUGUCUUGAGAAACUGUACUAAGGAGGCAUUCUUGUGAUCCACUUUACUGUCGCUUCUUUUGAUUUCCUUUAUUUGGAGACAUAGUGGUACAAAAGAGGACUAGUCACUCUGGAUCAAACUUUAGGUACUUAAACAACUGCUCUUAUUUGCUACACAGCAUUUUAAGAGACAAAAUGGUGCAAGCUCCCCAGUAGUCAGCAACCAUUUGACCUUUCCUAACUGAGACCGUGGAGUCAUCUGGACCACUCUCAUGUGAACAAAUACACGGUAGCAGUGAAGAGUCAGAAGGCUGCUCUGGUCUACCUUGGGACUGGCUAAAGUGUUAGAUUACACAACCUCUUUUAUUAUCUCUUGUAUCCAUAAUGCUUUAGACACACAAAUACCCGUGAAUUUCAGGACACUACACAGGGCCAGAUUUAGCUUUUACUCACCACCCAGGGAAUGCCAUUGAUUCCUAAGCUUUACAUGAGGAAAUCUGGUACAGCAUUUGUCUUUAGUUGUAUUUCAGUCUUUCAUUAUAGAGAAAUGACACCUUGGUUCUCAGUCAGAUCCUACAUUUAACCUCCCUUCAUUUUCUUAUCACACCUUUUGGUGACACUUGGAAAAGGAGAUAGUGUUGUCAGGAGGAGCAUGUACUGUAUGUAUUUCUGUAUAUAAUGUAUAUGUUGAAAUUAUACACAUGUGACAACAUUUAAUGUAUACAGAUGUGUAUAUUUGUAUUUAUUAAACCCAUGUAUUUAAACUAAUUCCAAUCUAGACCAAAAAUUGUUGCUUCUGCCCGUAAAUCGAUUACAAAGGAAUUGUCCGCUGGUGUCGCUUCCUUUUAGAAACUGCUAGAGGAAAUUGAUAGUCUGGGCAGUAGAAACAACUGUAGAUGUUGCUGUAUUUAGCUCUCUACAGGUCUUAUUAUGUAGAGCAAUUAUUUCUGUCCUUGGUUGGGUUAGUCUUCUUCCUUGGGCCACAGCACUGUGGUGAUUUUUAAAAGAAACUGAGCAGGAUUUCAGAAAAAGGUUUAAUAAAAUAGAUACUGUUUGAAAGUUUUUGAGUUAUAUUGGAAAUUAUCUUAAUUCUGAUAAAAGUCUAAUUCCAGGCAGUGAGAUCUAAUGCCCUGUGUUUGCAUUAAGGGGUAGUACAGAUCACUCUUCCCUUUUGUAAUCACCAGUAAUCGUUUUGUACUGUAAACCCACACACCAGUCAGUUUUUGUAUAAUAUAUAGUUUAAGUGAAGAUAUUUUUGUAAGCUAUUUUCCAGAAUUUAAAAUAGAUUUUAAUAUAUUUUUAAGCAUCAGGUUAGUCAAAAUUUCACCGUAUAACAAUAUGUGUUGUGUUAUGAAACUGUUAAAUUCUUCAUUAUUUUAAGCUCCUCGUGAUUAACUCAGACCAGCUGGUUACUUUACCUUGGGAUCAUGGGAGCUGGACCCUUUAUGAAACUUUCCAAACCAGCUUGAGGCUUGCUAUAGAGUCUUUCAAGCCAGUGAAGAAAUACAUUGAAUUAAGCAGUCAGCACAGCUGGGUGAAAAGCAUUAGGUGUGACAGACUCCCAUUCCUCAAAUGCCUCGUGCCAGCCUUAGAGCAAAUAUUUGCAUUACCUGUUUCAAGACAAGCUCUGGAGCUGAUGCACUCAGUUGUAACCUCACAGAUUCACUGGUAGUAAUAACUUCCUCUGUUCUAACCUCUCUUGGAGAUUUGUUGUAGUAUAGAUACCUCCUGUAAUGUGUCCAAAGUGUCUAAAGAAGGGCACCUCCUCUUGGGAAAUCCUCUGUGGCCUGAAGCAGUUGUAGCUUAAGGGUCUUCCUAGUAUGGGAGCACACGGCAGUAGUGCUUCAGUUCAGACUGAAGCACACUUUCCUGUCUUCUUCCUAAACAUUCUUUCCACACCUUCAUUUCUUUUGGAAUGAAAUCAUACUCAAAAUCACUCCUGUCUGCUUUUAGUGACACGAGGUGUGCCACGGGGGCAGUAACAGCAGAACAGUGGCCAUUAAGGGAUUCUGAUGUUGGAUUUAAAGGAAAUAAAAAUACUGCUUGUCCUUUGA